GCUGCCGCCGCAUGCGCACUAAGGAACUAUAAAGGGGAAUAAAUUUCAUGUUAUCUGUUAAUUGUUUUGUUAGAUUUUAUUUCAAAAUCGCUUAACGAGGCUGUGGCAGCGGGCCAUUGUAUUUAACCUAUAGCUUACGACUCUUUCUCUCUGUUGUAGCGUUGCCAUGGUGACAGUAAACUUUGAGAAGACGGCAAUGGAGUUUAUUGGAAGUAGUUACAAAGGAGAUACAAAAAAUGGCAGGAUGGAAGGAAAUGGACAGUACACCUUUCCUACAGAAACACAGUAUGUGGGAGAGAUGAAAGAUGGGAUGUUUCAUGGCAGAGGAGUGCUGCAUUUUCCAAAUGGAAGUAAAUAUGAAGCCAUUUGGGAAAACGGCAUAGCUAAACAGGGGUCAUUUACCUUUGCUGAUGGUCUGCAGUACCAGGAGAAGGACUGGGACUACUGUGAUGGUUAUGACAGGCGCUUCUACAGUGAGAGGUGCAACGGACUCAGACCUGCAGGAGAAUCUCAGAUAACUGAUCUGCAUCCUCCACACAUUAUUCCCGAUGGGUGCUACAACUGUGGAGAUGGCUUCUAUGACCCCACUACCAGAGUUGUCACUUCCUACACAGGCAGAUUCCUCAGGAAUGCAGAUGACUCAGAGCAUGAGUGGAUUGUGCGGACUUGUCAAAAAGCUUGGGAUGAGGUCGUUGGCAUUGACCCUGAAGAAUCUGCUGCAACCAGAUCUGAAGAAACCAGCGAUAUCAAAUAACACUUUUUAAAAACUGCACUUAUAGUAUUCUAUUUGUAGUGAUAUUAAAACUGUCUGUCUGUCUGAAUUUGAUUUGAAGGCAUAUAAUGAGUGAAAAGCAAAAUUUUAAGUUUAUAUAUUUUUCUGUUAUUAUUCAUUUCAUUGUCCUAUUUUAACCUCCUUGCUCCAUAUAAUGUAUGUUGUAGGUUACAGUUGCUGCCUGUCAGUGCAUUCAUCUUCAUUUCCAUAACAGUGUAAGAGGGAGAGCAAGAGUAAGAUCUGAGAAUUUAAGUGCAAAGCUGUGUCUAAUCUUAUAUCAAGUUUAAGUUAAAUAAAUGUUAGUCUUUGAAAUGUAUGCCGACUUUAGCUGUUGGUUGUACAAACACGUAGUUUUCAUCUACAAGGACACUAUAUAGCAUUUAUGACCUACAUUUCCUAUAUUGUUGCUCUUAAUAUUAUGUUUAGGUGAAUCAAAAUGUUCAGUUUCCCACAGAGUCAAAUGUUUAACACAGCUUGUCCAUCAAAUAAAAGUGUCAUUUGUCCUUAUCAAACCACAGAAUUUUGUAGCUUGAAUCAAAGUGGAUUUGGUAGCAACAAAACAAUUAUCUGCAGCACUUCACAAAAAAACAAUUGGCUUCCUGUUUGUUUAACAUGAAUUAUUAUUAUUGUUGUAGUUUUGAUCCUAUAUAUAAUAUUCAAAUCCUAAAAAUGUCCCAGCACAGAGAACA